AUGAGUGUAAUGGGCGAUAAAUUGCUCAACGAAAACUUUAUACAGCUAUUCGUCGAAAACAAUUCGGACGGUACGAAACACUUGCGCCUCAAAGGCAAGGAAUUGUACAUGAGAUUCGGCACGCGAUUGAAGCAAAGACACAUGAGAACCGUAGCCACGUUUCUGCGCAAGAACCCCGAAAUCAUCAGCGUGGAUUUGUGCUACAACGACUUCGGAAACGAAGGAUUGGACACUCUGACCGAAUAUUUAUUCGAUCAUCCCAACAACAUCGAAUACAUGAACCUGAUGCAAUGCGACAUAACGGCGGAGGGAAUCGCCAAGUUCUCAUCGGCGACUUACAACAAAAUCCGAUUGUGCCGGUUGAACGGCAACAAAAUCGGCGCUUCGGGAGCCGUGCACAUCGGAAGACUUAUACAGGUGUCGCCUACGCUAGAAAUUCUCGACAUAGCGGAGACCGAUCAAACCCUGGAAAGCAUCGAAUCCUUGUUGAUCAUCAUCGAGGCGAGCAACAUUAAAGUCCUGGACAUCUCCAGGAUCAUACCAAACUCUUAUUACACCAAAUACAAUCAGGCCACUUUAGCCGAUGAUUUAAGUAUAGCCUUGAAGUCUAACGAGAAAUUCGUUGAGCUGCACAUACAAAAAAUCGAAUUCGACGGGCACGAUGUGGAAAUUUUAUUGAACGGUCUCAGGGAGAACAAGAGCCUGGAGGUGUUGGACCUCGGCUACAAUCUCAUCGCCGAUUACGGCGCCGAGUUAAUAGCCACUUGGUUGACCGAGAGGCCCAACCUGAAAGGCUUGAAUUUGGCCGGCAAUAGAAUCGGAACCAUCGGAGCUAGAGCGAUGAGUUUCGGUUUGCCUUUCUCGAAAUUGCGGUUUUUGGACAUGAGCAACAAUCGCAUACAAGACCAAGAACUGACCGAUUUGCUGGACAGCUUGAAGAAGACCCCCAAGCUGAGGAUCUUCUUCCUGUGGGGCAACCAUUGGGAGGAGGUGGCGUGCAAGAGGUUGCACAGGAUGUUCGCUUCGGGCGUGAUCGAGCAGGAGUACGUUGAUGUGCAGAUUUGUGUAGUGGACGGGAAGUAUCAGGCGGUGCAUUAUCCAGCUAAUGCUUACAAAGCGACUUACUACGCUCUGAUGAAGUUCGGCUACCCGGAAACCCUGCGGAUUAAGAGGAACGUGAUUGAUUCUCCGCGGGAUCAACCGAGAGCCCUGCUCAAUUUGACGCAUAUUGGAAGGUACCCACCAGUGGACAAGAGCCUCGGGCCUAAAGUGCCCAAGACAGUGAUAUGCCCCGAAGAACCGAUAGUAAAGGAAGAGGCGAAAACCCAGGAUGUAGGAACCUCAAUAGUGGAAUUCAAACUGUCCCAGAUAUUAUUAGCAGAAUUCCUGACGUACUUCAAUACUGCCAGCCCCACAUCCUCCGACUUCACCUUAGGCGAAUCGAAUAACUAA